AUGCAAGCUUACACCGAGUCCAACGUCGUCGGUGGCACCGAUGGUACAUUCUUCAGCGACGUCCUAUAUCUCAGACAGGACGGGCUGCUCGCUGUGACUAACAGACAUGAUCCUCUCCAUGUAGAGAAUCCAAUCAAAUCCAUAGCUGUCUCCGCGUCUUGGAUAGUCGAUGGUAUUAGAGUCACGUAUAAUCUCGCAGGCGGAGGUACUGCCUCUAUCCCUCAUGGAUCGGAAUGGCCCAAUCCAAAGGCGAUAGUUUAUUUCUCCUCGUCUGAAUCUCUCGUCGGGGUGUUUGGCCGCGCUGGAUAUCAAGACAAUUACGGCAGGGCGAUGGUGAACAACAUCGGCUUCGUCAUCUUUGACAAGAGCACUGCGACCACGCGGGUGGCCGGCCCGUACGGAAACGAAGGAAGCACCAACUAUGGGGCGCCAUUCUAUGCUUCUGAUGUGAUUGCUUUUGGGGGAUUCGCGCGAGAGACUGGGCCAAUGGGUCUCUCUGGCUUAAUAUUUUUCAAAAGGCUGUGCGCGGCUGCGUAA